CUGAAAAAAAGUGUACUCGCUCUCGGAAAUCGGAAUCUGAAUUCGAUUCGUGUCGAUCGAGCGCUUUAAAGCGGCAUGAGUACAACUGUGAUUCUAUGAAUACUAUGCACUUUUGUCUAAUUGUAUGGCUCGUGCUGUGCCCAGAUGUAAACGACACGAAGAUUGCGUGCAUAUCGUGAUUGGAGAUGAGUUGGGACCAGAUUGUUGGCUGGUUAGCACUAUAAAAACCACAAAGCUGUGCCACUAUGUCACAAUUGUUGGCCAAAAUGUUGCCCCGCUCGUUGCGAUCGUUCUCUGGACUUUGCCUGGUACUUCUGCUCGCGAAGAGCUGCAACAGUGCGCGCAAAUGGGACUACGAGCCAAUUUCCAUCACCACCCACUCCUCGGACGAGAGCAAGCUUAAGAUCGAAGCCAAAAUCGAUCGGGUCAAUCGCGGCGAGUUCGCCAUUUCGGCCACAAUCGAUUUCCGCUACCUUCUCGAUGAUACCGUCAUGGUGGAGGCGACCGCCUAUCGCAGUUCGUCGGGACAGGAGAGUGACUACAAGCUGGUCCCUUUCGCCAUUCCUAAGCAGCCCUACGAGGAUUUCCUAAACACCCACUACAAGAACAUGGUGAUCGAGAAUCUGGGCAGCUGCUCGAACCUGCCCCAGUUCGAGGACAAGUUCGUGCCCCCGUGGCCGCAGAAGAUCUACAACUUGGACAAGUGCGUGGCCGACAACGACGGUUUCCCCGAAGUUCUACCUCUGGGCUUCUACAAAAUAAUCCUCACCUUCACGGGACCCGUUGAGUGGGGAAUGAUACUUAUUGUGAAAGUGACAAGCAAACUGAUGUGAACCCGAAUGGACAAAUCUCUUUUACCAAUACGUUCCGUAAUUUUAUAACGCUAUACAGAAUAUUAAUAAAAUAGACAGGCUCAAAUUUCUUGUCGAAAUCAUCGGAUCCAGUA